CUAAUCAGAAAUGGGAAUUUCCUAUAUGUGUAGUUUCAAAAGUAUCUUACACUUCAUUUUAUGUAAGUAACAAAAGGUGAUGCAUGAAGUGCAAAAACAAGCCACAAAUGACACAUGGGUUUCGUGAACAUCAGUUUGAAAGCCAACACACAAUACGAAGGAGCAGUGAGGACACUGGCAUUGAGUUUUGAGCAUUUGGGUUUUGAUAGUUUUUAGGUUUAUUUCGUGAGGAGAAGGAUCGUUGACAGUGGUGUCGGAAAGGCGGGUUUGACACUGGUUUGGUGAAGAUGCCGCGCGAGAUUAUUACUCUACAGGUGGGACAAUGCGGGAACCAGAUAGGAAUGGAGUUCUGGAAGCAGUUGUGCUUAGAGCACGGCAUCAGCAAAGACGGCAUUCUUGAGGACUUUGCCACUCAGGGGGGCGAUCGCAAAGAUGUGUUCUUCUACCAGGCUGACGAUGAACACUACAUUCCGAGGGCGUUGCUUAUUGACUUGGAGCCUCGGGUCAUUAAUAGUAUUCAGAACAGUGAGUAUCGAAAUCUUUACAAUCACGAGAAUGUGUUUGUCGCGGAUCAUGGUGGAGGAGCUGGAAAUAACUGGGCGAGUGGGUAUCAUCAGGGAGAGCAAGUGGAGGAAGAUAUCAUGGACAUGAUAGACAGGGAGGCCGAUGGAAGUGACAGCCUCGAGGGCUUUGUUCUUUGCCAUUCUAUUGCUGGAGGAACGGGUUCAGGGAUGGGUUCUUACCUCCUUGAAGCGCUUAACGACCGAUAUAGCAAGAAGCUGGUUCAAACUUACAGUGUCUUUCCAAAUCAAAUGGAAACCAGUGAUGUGGUUGUCCAACCCUACAAUUCUUUGCUUACUUUGAAACGUUUGACGUUGAACGCGGAUUGUGUUGUGGUUCUAGACAACACAGCCUUGAACCGUAUUGCUGUGGACCGGCUUCACAUCCCUAACCCGACGUUUGCUCAGACUAAUUCGCUUGUGUCUACCGUUAUGUCAGCUAGCACCACAACACUUCGUUACCCAGGUUACAUGAACAACGAUUUAGUUGGAUUAGUGGCUUCCUUAAUACCUACUCCACGCUGUCAUUUCCUUAUGACAGGGUACACGCCACUUACUGUAGAGCGCCAGGCUAAUGCUAUCCGGAAAACAACUGUUCUAGAUGUUAUGCGACGACUUCUUCAGGCUAAAAAUAUUAUGGUUUCGUCGUACGCAAGAACAAAGGAAGCGAGCCAGGCGAAAUACAUAUCCAUACUCAACAUCAUUCAGGGCGAAGUUGACCCCACUCAGGUUCACAAAAGUCUACAAAGAAUACGAGAAAGAAAGCUAGCUAACUUCAUUGAAUGGGGACCUGCAAGCAUUCAGGUGGCCUUAUCACGGAAGUCACCAUAUGUUCAAACUGCACACAGGGUUAGUGGUCUCAUGUUGGCGAGUCAUACCAGUAUCCGCCACCUUUUUAGCAAAUGUAUCAGCCAGUAUGAAAAGCUGAGAAAGAAACAAGCUUUUUUGGAUAACUAUCGCAAGUUUCCCAUGUUUGCUGAUAAUGACCUGUCGGAGUUUGAUGAGUCGAGAGAAAUUGUUCAAAACCUUGUGGAUGAGUACAAAGCAUGCGAAUCUGCUGAUUACAUCAAGUGGGGCAUGGAGGAUCGAGGUAAGCAGCUAUCUGGUGAAGGGAAUACGAGUGGGACCGUGGAUUCAAGAGUAGGUCCUCCAUAAAAGCCUCAUAUUAUUGUCUCAUUUUUGUAGCAUAUUAAGCCGAUGAAUAGAAGAAAAAAGUAAAUUAGGAGGUACCAAACUCUGUAAAUGCUCCUGGGUUUGAAUACACUUUACGUCUCACAUAUUCAAGGCAACGUUGCGCUCUAAAUUUCAUUGGAAGCA